UGGCUGUCUGCGUAGUCCCGCUUACGUGGUUUGCCUGCUUCGGUUUUGGUCUGAGAGGAAACUACAACUUGUCGGUAUUUCGUGCAACUCAUUAUCCAUCACCAUCAAGGCGGUUUGAAAAAUAUUCCGCCAUGAUAGGUUCCUUCGAGGAACAAGCCGCCACCGUUUCACGUCUUCGUCGCUCGUCUCAUACGACUUUUACUCAAAAAAUCUCACAGAGAACUCUGGGUCAUCUGGUUUUUCUGCAGUGAAUUGUGGAAAAACCGUGAAGACCUUUCUCUUCCUAAUUUUUUUCACAUUUUAUUGUCUACUUCCAUAUCUUCACAACCUAUCAAAACAUGUACUUCUUUCUUCACAACCAUUACCACACCAUGAUUCAAUUUUAUCGGAACUUCUCACGACCAAAUCAUAACGACAACUAGUUGACGCGGGCCAAAACAAGGAAGAAAUGGGCAACUCUUGCCGACGGGCUACGCCCGUCGAGGAGAUUAACAAGAAUAGCCGCGGCCUGCCCAUCCGCUUGAACAUUCCCUACGAAGACCGGGCUUGCUUCGCCGGGUGCGGCGGCAGUCCGGGCGUGCCGCAAAAGUACUACAUUUGCCCCCGAGUGGUGGUUGACGCGGCUCGGCUCGCCGUGCAAGCCAACAAUCCGUCACAUGGGCAACCGCAGAGCGGCGCGGGGGGGCAACGUGCGGAAGGUGAGGCGCUGAAGCGGGGCGAAUCCAGUGCGUUUGGCCUGCCGAGUGCGGGCGGGAGUGCCUUGCAGUACGCAGAUGGAAGAACAAUAGAGGUGCUGGAGGGGGUCAAGGUGCAACAUCCUGGCGGCACAAGUUGUGAAGACCAGUUGUCUCGGUCUUGUAUCACCAUGCACUUUAUUAGCGCGACAGCCUGCAGCAAUUCGCCAUCUUGAAGAAAGUUCGAGUCUCUAACAGUUCUAACAUGUUGGCAAACAACGCCGGGUAUCAUGAUUGUUGUUCCGUAGACAGUAUCUGUACUAGUUCCUGUUGCCGCAGUUAGCACAUAGUGCCAGCGACGUGACAAAACCGGCCACGACUGCUCCUGAAAUUGAACUGCAUGAACAUGUAUGGCAUGAUCUACUUUACUCCUUCACAACUUCUGUGCAACCUAAGUUAGUAUGAGCACUCCCCCCUUCUAAGUAAGAACCUCCAUUUUUCUGUACGACACCUUAUCCGGAUCUGCCGGAUUGACGAGCGGACUGUCGUCGUCCCAACUCCAGAGUACCGUCGCUGACGAUGUCGUGGCCGGCUGGGACCAUGAUUUCCCCGACCCUUAUCCUGGCGAAAUUCUACUAUGUUGCUUUGAGAUAAGUUGUAUAGGCGGGCUCGUCCUCCCGACGUGUGGUUUGUUAAAUGAGCGGCCUGAUUGAUGUCUACUUACAUUACAGCAUGAACAUAGGGCAGGAGUACUUACUUCUUCUACACAAGCCGGAAGAAAAAAUACUGACUGAAAACAAGUACAAUAAUGCAUUUUUUGGUAUACAUAAUUAAAUCACUCCGUCUACAAAUUCCAUCUCAAAGCUUCUCUACCCUUCCCAUACCCCAACCGGUGGUUUGUACGACGAAACGCAGCCGAAAUCGAAAAUGUCCCAGUCUGCCAAGUAUGCGCAGAAGGUCGCCGACCGCAAAAUGAAACGGGAGCAGUCGAAGGAAAUCAAACGUGCGCAGUCGCAGGAGCGACAAGCCGCCGCGAAGCAGCAGCAGCAACCCGCCAGCGCGACGAACUACGGCGCUAUGGAAAUCGGCGCGCCGCAGUCUGCCGCGACGAAGGCGCAAAGUCCGGGAUCAGUCUCGGCUGCAGCGACCGCUUCUUCGUCAGCGGCGCGGUAUCCGGGCAUGCGGACCCAGUAUCAACUGCAAAUGUGUCUGGGGCGGGAAGAAUGCGCUUGUUUGUCAUGCAUGUUUUGGAUCACCCAAAUGGUGUCUGAUGCACGCACAAGCAUUAAGUACAGGUUUUGCGGACGCCCCCUCUUGAUGCCUGUCCCGCAUGAGAAACUGCCGACUUGUGUAGCCAGGAGUCAAAUGGGUAAGUAGCUCUUGAUGGCGCGGAUGCAACACAAAUUUUUGUCUGCUCCAGAUUUAGCAUGACAAGUUGCAACUUUUCCAGACCCAGACACGUUCGCAAUGCAUACCCAGUGGUCCGAGACCAAAGAUCCGGUGAUUAUCGAGCAAAUUUGGGUGACUUAUUUGCACCCAACCCGCGGCCGGUUGAUUCGCGACGUGCAGGCGCUAUGCAUCGCAAAAGUAUCGUACUAGUAUAAACCAGCCAUGCUCCGGCUGCCGCCGGAGCGCAAGGCUGUUGGGCCGGGGCAAGACUGUUUGCCGAUCGGACCACAACCCCGCGGGCCUAUGCACAACGAAACAUAUUGCGCCGCGCCAGCCCGCAGGACCACUUGCGCGCUUCCCGCGCCUGUGGGCGCUCUGCGCAGGGAGCAGCUGCAAAGAACACCGGGGGCGAACAGAAGCCGCCCGGCGGGAGAGGGUAGCGCGAGAGGGUGGCGCGAGAGGGUGGCGCGAGAGGGUGGCGCGGCAAGGCGCCGAACAAAACAGCUCCGCGAAUGGCCUGCAGUGCCAAAUAUGGGUAGUGCCAUGCGGAUUCGCGCCCGCUUCUUUGUGUUUUACCCUCUCGCAGACCUCUCGCAGACCCUCUUUUUGACCUCUUUUGAGGGUCCCCGCUAAUAAUCCGGCUAUACUCGCGGGUAGAGGUCGACAGAGGUGGCCGAGAGGUGGCCAAGAGCGAGGGUCCGCGAGAGGUCGCCCCUUAUUCGCGCCUCCUCUCGCCACCUCUGUCGACCUCUCGCGCCCCCUCUUUUUGACCUCUCUGCACCCUCUGUGCCACUUAGGCGGCGCCUAAGGGUGGGCCCUUACUGCGGGCCUUAUUCGCGCACCCUCUCGCGGACCCUCUCGAACGGGGUUCCGCGCCACCUCUCCACCUCUGUCGACCUCUUUUCUACCUCUGUCGACCUCUUUUUUACCUCUCGGCCACCUCUCUGGGACCCUCUGUCUACCUCUUUUUUCGCAUUAAUAUAAUGUAUAAGUAAUUGCAUUACAAAUUUUAUCAGAAAGAAAAAUGGAAUCUGUAAUGCUAAUUCAGGUAAGAAGGUAGGCUUGUCAUGCAAGCUUGCAAUUAGUACGAGUGCGAUACUUUUGCACAGGAUAGGCGCCGUUCCUGAGCAACCCGAUCUGCUGCUUUUGGCUUUUGUGGUUGAAUCCGUUGACGACGUUGAUUAUGCUGAUUUACUCCUGUUAUGAAUUGCAAAUAUGUCUGGGUCUGGAAGAGUCGGGGCUUGUCAGGCAUAUUUUGCAUGAUCCGCGAGGUCUGUGAUGCUGGUGCUAGCAUCGCUGAUUUUUUGAGAGCUUCUCGAUGCUGAUUACGCAUGAGAAAUGCCCCCUCCGCGUGCCAAGAGCUGACUCCUCUUGCUGCUCAUGCAGCACAGACAUUUUUAGAAUCCGCAGACAGCAUUACAAGUUCCACUGUUCUAGACCCAGACAUAUUUGCGAUCCAUACCUGUUGCUGCACCAGCGCGCGGAACGCCAAAAUCCAGAAGUACGACCGCGCUCUGAAACGGUGGCAGCAAGACUUCAGCAAGGAGCUGGCGCCCUACGGGCUGUCCGUCAAAACGAAAUCGAACGUCGAUUUGCCCAUGAACGUCAGUCACGGUAAGGAGCAUAAGAUUUUGGUUCUGCAUGUAGAAUUUUUUUUGUAAUGCAGAAACAAAUCGCUAUCGCAAGUUGAAGUUAUGUUGUAGCACGGCCUUGCUCUACCGUUAUCUUGUAGCACGACCCAGAAAUCCGUACCCGUAAUCAAUGAAAAAUCAAAAAUCAACUCAGACCGCUACGGCAGCCACGGACGGAAGCGGGGCCCGAAGACGGGGAUUCAGCGGUACAUCACGAUUACGCUGACGCCGGAGGAGACGGAGAAAAUCAAGCACGAGCCGCAUGUUGUCGGGGAUCUAGAGGAGAACUGCUGCCAUAUCGUGAGGAAAAAUCCCCCCUCCCCAUACCAAAAGGGGACACUUCUGAAAAUUUGUGAUGCUGAUUUGUGGGCACAAAUCGUCUCUGUAUUGCAAGAAGGCAAAUCCAGAGACUCCGCCACAUUUUGCAGGCGGUUUGUGAUGCUGCUAGACCUACAGCUGGGAUCCCUGUUUUGCUACGAGCCUACGUCAGAACACCCCCGCUUGGACUUUGUAUCUGCCUGCAUUCCUCUACUGCAAGACACAGCUGAUUUGUGUACGCAGAUCCCACAUCACAGAUUUCGACUUCGAUAUGGGGAGGGGGGAUUUUUCAUUUUGAUAUGCCAAGGCAGCUUCCCGGACGAAACCUUGCUGUGCAUGCACCCGCCCAGCUGCAUCUGAGAGGACCGGGGUACUAGCGGCUGCCCUCAGUAGUUGCCACCUUUGUUCUGUUAAAACGAAUAAACCGCAGGCGUUUCGUUUGUUGAAAAUGAAAUCAAUGAAGUAGAGCCAUUGAUGUUGAACUCGAUGCAAUGCAAUCCUGCGUAACUUUUACCGGGAUGCAUUCAACAUCGAGAAGACAAAAACUCCUUAUCCACUAAGUACCUAGCAUCAUGCAGGGAGCUUUCUGUGUGAUCUUUGGUGGAACAUCAAAGAGAGUGAUGAUGAAAUUGAAUCGGAACAAGUAAGAAUCACCACUUGUUUAUCUACUGUUUGAACUCUACACAUGAACCUGAUCAGUACUGGAUUUUCCUCACAUCAUUAUGCUACAUACAUGAUUCGUUGUUAGGAAAAUUUGUUUGCGGAUUAUUCGCGUGCAUAUUUUUUACCUACACAUAACACAAUGACUUAUUCUACUUUACUAGUUGGACAUGGACCUUCACUUCACUUCCAUUUCUUUGAGCUUGUUUUCAUUCUUACAGUUUUACACACUUCUACAAUUACAUUCAUAACUAGACUAUUGCACUGCACUUUUUACAAAUCACAAAAUACAAAAAAGUGAAUCUGUUUGAGACCUCGAA